AUGCAGUGCCAUCAGAUCGAGCGCAAGGUCAAGUACCUGUCCGCCAACCUGAAGGACGAGUACGAUGUGAAUGGCAAUCUGGAGAAGCUGGAGUCGAUGGAACUGCCGUCCGAACUCAUCGAGCAGUACAAGCUGAAGGAACUCGCUCAGUCGUACCUCUCCAUGAAAGAGUACCGAGUGGCCGCCGGACGACUUUUGUCCAAGUUCCGGCGUGCGGAGAAGGAGGCCUGGGAGCGCUACCAGAGAUCGAUUGCACUCCGAUCGUCCCCGACGUCUUCGGAAAGCAGCAGAGAUUCGCCGUCGUCGUCGUUGUCGCCGGAAGAAGACGACUGGAUGGUGAGAAGGAAGCGGACGGCUCCAACAAUGGUCAGAGGAUUGCAAAGACGGUCACCGGAUGCGUUGGCUCGAGUGGAAGAUCGGUGCGGCAAGGAAUCGGACAAGGAGAACAAGGCGGCGGCCGAGAAGAAACUAGAGUCGUUCCUGAUGAGGAGAAGAGAGGCGACGGCGAAGUUGAAGGAGAUGGCGGAGGCUUCCAGGACGAAGACCCUUUCGCAACUGGAAGUCGCCCGUCAGAAGCGCAUCGAGAACGCCAGACGGAUCAAAGAGUGCGGCGAGGAGGAGCAGAACGAGGUGAAAAGGCAGCCGAAACCCAAGAGAAGACGUUUCUACUAA